GAGACCACCUGGGAGGCCCCAGCCCCUCCAAGAACCAGCAGGCUGGCCUCCCUCAGCUGCCGGCCCAGGGGGUUGGCUGGCUGGGGUCCAGGACCCAAAGCACCAGCUGGAACAUUUCAUCUUCUCUACUGACGCAGGGACGUGGGAGCCUUGAACCCUCAGGCAAGGUGCUUCCACACAGUGGCAGAUACCCAUCAACAUCUCCAGUUCUAAGUCAUCUCAAGUCAGCAACCCCAGCAGAAAGGCAGAUCCUCUUUCCUGGCUAACACUGACCCCAAGCCACUCCUCACCUGGACAAGAUGAGAGUGUCAGGUGUGCUUCGCUUCCUGGCCCUCAUCUUUGCCCUGGUCACCACAUGGAUCUUUAUUCGCAGCUACAUCAGUUUAAACGGGAAAACUAUCCGUCUGCCCCGCUGGCUGAGUUUGGUCACCAAGGAGAUCCCAGUCGUGAGGGCCAAGUGUGGCCUCGCUAAGCCCUGCCCCAAAGAGUUCUUCGCCUUUAAAAUCAGCAGCGGGGCUGCUAACGUCGUGGGCCCCACCAUGUGCUUCGAAAACCAGGUGAUCAUGAGUCCUGUGAAAAACAACGUGGGCAGAGGCCUGAACAUUGCCCUGGUGAACGGAACCACAGGAAUGGUGCUAACACAGAAAUGCUUCGACAUGUACUCUGGAGAAGUGAAGCUGCUGGUGAAAUUCCUUAAAGAAAUUCCAGAGGGCGCCCUCGUGCUGGUGGCCUCCUAUGACGACCCAGGAACCAGACUGAAUGAUGAGACCAGGAAGCUCCUCUCCAGCCUGGGCAGUUCUUACGCAAAGCAGCUGGGCUUCAGAGAUAGCUGGGUCUUUUUAGGAGCCAAAGACCUCAAGGACAAAAGCCCCUUUGAGCAGUUCUUAAAGAACAACCCAAACACAAACAAGUAUGAGGGCUGGCCGGAGCUGCUGGAGCUGGAAGGCUGUGUUCCCCGGAAGAUACCGUAGGGUAGCUGUGGACCAAAGAAGCUCCUGGCUACUCUAGGAGUCAGAGCUGGCUGCAGCGACGAGAAGGGGGCCAAGAGGCCUGUGGAAAGUGCUGGGGGAAUCCCCAUGCACUGUGCACCUCCCCUGUUUGGAAGCAGACCCCUCUCAUGGGCUGAGGCGGCUCACCCAAGGUGGCCAGACUCAGGGAUCCUUCCAGAGCCCGUCUGCUCUGGAGAGAACAGGCUGGCUGUCACUCCCGAGGAAGGACAGACUGCCCAUACCUGCAGCGCAUAAUUAAAUUUUAUUUUUGCUGACUUUGAAUGAA